CUUCCGGUCCGUGCCCUUGGGGCUCCGUGGCCUGUGUGUUCUCCGGCUACUUAGUCGGCACCCUAAAGAAUAUGGCGGCUGCUGCAGCCAGGGUCUGGUGGCGUGGGCUCUUGGGGGCCGCUUCCGUAGCCAGGGGGGCUGGGCGACCCUCAGUGCUGUUGCAGCGUGUGAGAAGGGAGAGCGCGGCGGCUGACAAGCGCCCCACUGUCAGACCCCGGAAUGAGGUGACCCACAAACAGCUCUCGGCAUUUGGAGAGUAUGUGGCUGAAAUCUUACCCAAGUAUGUCCAGCACGUUCAGGUGACCAGCUGUAAUGAGUUAGAAAUCUGUAUCCAUCCCGAUGGAGUCAUCCCAACGCUGACUUUUCUCAGGGAUCACACCAAUGCCCAAUUCAAAUCCUUGGCUGACUUGACAGCAGUGGAUGUCCCCACUCGGCAGAACCGUUUUGAGAUUGUCUACAACCUGCUGUCUCUGCGGUUCAACUCUAGGAUUCGUGUGAAGACCUAUGCAGAUGAGCUGACACCCAUUGACUCCAUAGUGUCUGUGCACAUCGCUGCCAAUUGGUAUGAGAGGGAGGUCUGGGACAUGUUUGGAGUUUUCUUUUUUAACCACCCUGAUUUAAGAAGGAUCCUGACAGAUUAUGGCUUCGAGGGACAUCCUUUCCGGAAAGACUUUCCCCUCACUGGCUAUGUUGAGCUGCGGUAUGACGAUGAGGUGAAGCGGGUCGUGGCUGAACCAGUGGAGUUGGCACAAGAAUUCCGCAAGUUUGACCUCAACAGCCCCUGGGAGGCUUUCCCUGCCUAUCGUCAGCCUCCUGAGAGUCUCAGGCUUGAAGCUGGAGAGAAGAAGCCUGAAGCCAAGUAACCUUAAAAGUGUGUAGAUCCUAGAGGAGAAUGUCUUUACCUAAGGCUGUCUGUAAAUAAACUCCAGUGGACAUUCA